UGGCGGACAUGCAUGUGGAGCUCCAAAACAAACUCCAACGAUACUACAGUUAGCUAGCUAGUUACUCCUUCAAAUAGCAUCAUCUUACGGCGUCUGCUGUGCGGGUUGGGCCACCGGUGCCCAAAGAACACCGCAACAUGGACGGGGAAAACAAGCUUCAGUUCCCGUCCCUGCCUGCCUCCAAGGAAGACCAACUGGACUGGGCAUAUCCAAUGAGACGAGAAAUGCAGGAAAUCUUACCUGGCCUGUUUUUAGGUCCUUAUUCAGCUGCCAUGAAGAGCAAGCUGCCCACCCUUGAAAAGCAAGGGAUUACUCAUAUUGUUUGUGUCAGACAAGAUAUUGAAGCCAAUUUCAUUAAGCCAAACUUUCCACUGAAAUUUAGAUACCUUGUCUUAGAUAUUGCCGAUAACCCUGUGGAAAACAUUAUUAGAUAUUUCCCAAUGACUAAAGAAUUUAUCGAUGGAAGUUUACAAACUGGAGGAAAGGUACUAGUUCAUGGAAAUGCAGGAAUAUCAAGAAGUGCUGCCUUAGUUAUUGCCUACCUUAUGGAAACAUUUGGUGUAAAAUACAGGGAUGCUUUCAGCCACGUUCAGGAGAGAAGAUUUUGCAUCAAUCCAAAUGUUGGCUUCGUGCAUCAGCUACAGGAAUACGAAGCAAUCUACCUAGCCAAACUUACCAUCAAGAUGAUGUCGCCAAUUCAGCUGGGCCGAUCAUUCUCCUUACAGGCAGGGAUGCCAGGGAGCCUGAAGAGAACGCUUGAGGAGGACGAGGAUUUUGGAGGCAUGCAGGUCACUGCUGCGCAGAACGGAUAGGACCCUGAAAGCGCUUCACUCAAAAAGGACUUAUUUUUACAUUUUUAUUGGGAUGAAAAAGAAAAAAAAAAUUAUUUAAACUUUUCUAAUGGGUGGGAAAGGGGAAAGGGGAGGGGGUAGAGAGACUGCUCUUGGCGUCUGAGACCUCUGGAGCUGGGGACGGAUUUGAGAUGUGAAGA